AACUUCCGGCAUACGGCAAGUCGGUUAGUCAAAAAAGCUUUCUAAGGGAACGCAGUCCUCCAGACUUCUGCUGCUUUCACUAAAUGAACGCCGACCCCAAGCGACGUCUGUUUUUUUAAUACCCAGAACUACAUUUGUUUACCAUGAGAGUCGUAAUAGGAGGUGGAACUGGCUUUGUGGGUCGUGAGUUGAUUCGCCUUCUCAGAGACAAAGGUCACGAGGUCACCGUCAUCUCUCGCCAGCCAGGUCCUGGGAAAAUAACUUGGAGUGAGUUGCAGUCAGGCGGCCUCCCACCAUGUGAGGGCGCUGUCAACUUGGCAGGAGAGAACCUCAUGAACCCUCUGCGAUGGUGGAACGAAAGCUACAAGAAGGACUUGUUUUCCAGUCGUAUUGACACGACAAAAGCUCUGGCUCAAGCGAUCGCAGCGUCCCCAAGUCCUCCUCAGUCCUGGGUCCUGGUGUCUGGUGUAGCGUGCUACCAGCCCAGUCUGACAGCUGAGUACACAGAAGACAGUGAUUGGACGCCCUUUGACCUGCUCUCCAAACUCGUGCAAGAGUGGGAAGCUUCUGCACUUUUGCCAAAAAGUGUGACAGAAAGCACCAAGCAAGUGGUAAUCAGACCUGGGGCAGUGUUGGGUCGUGAUGGCGGCGCUAUGAAGCAGAUGCUCCUGCCCUUCUGGCUCGGCCUCGGCGGCACCCUCGGCUCCGGGCAGCAGCCCUUUCCUUGGAUUCACGUUUCAGACCUGGCGGGACUCAUCGCUCACGCCCUGGAACCUCCCAUUGGCGCGCCCCUAUCCUUACCGCAGGUCUUUAACGGAGUAGCUCCCACCCUCAACACCAACUACGAAUUCACUAAAGAACUAGGUCGGGUCAUGAGGCGGCCCACCAUCUUUCCUGUGCCGGGUUUUGUCAUGAACGCUCUAAUGGGCUCAGAGAGAGCCGUGGUUCUCACUCAGGGCCAGAAAGUGCUUCCCAAGAGGACUCUAGAGGCCGGGUUUCAGUAUAAGUAUCCAGACUUGUCCUCGGCCCUCAAAGAGAUUGUAGCAAGUUAAAAAUAAAGUUUUUGUAUCAUAUAGUCAUGCACUCUAUCACAGAAAUAAUUAUGUUAACGAAUGGAGAAAGUGUCUUCAACCACAAUAACUGCAUCCUAGUUAGAAAAUGGACAUUUAUUGGUUCCUACAUGAAUAGUGGUGAGGCGUCCUGUGUCAUCACUCGCUGUCAUUUUGGAUCAUGUCAUUGUCUUCUACAUCCGGUUGGAUCAUGUCAUUGUCUUCUUCAUCCGGAAUAAGAGGAAGCUGGUCGCCCCACUCACUGCUGCGGGCGCAGCGGUACAAAUCCCUAAACAAGAAACGUCAACCGUAUCAGCAAAAGCUUUCGUUUUGGCUUGUUAAAAAAAAUGUUUAUCAUGUUGAAAUAAAUCAAAAGCCAGCUGGGAGCUCA